AUGGAAGUCGAACCCAAACCUGACCUAUGGAUUCAGGUGCCUCUGACACCACCUUCUCCACAAGCAGAGGUACCGCUGCCAUCAAAAUCGCCUCAGCAACCCCAGCCGCCUUGUGACCCCGUGGAAUAUGAGCGUAUCCGGGAGCUCCCGACGCCAGUGGUGAACAACGGGUCGUUCGCAUUCACCGGUGAGCUCGUAUUCAAUAAACCAAGGGCAAACCCGCUGGGGUCCCUGCCACCACGGGUGAUUCUGGAUUAUCGUCCUGCGUUGCUGCUAGACCGGCUGAACCUGGUGGGUUCGAAAAGAGUGUCAUCGCAGCCCCCAGUAGCCGGUCUUGCCCGGGCGCUGUCGAUGAAACUGCCUCUGCCACCUAUCAAAGCACAGGAGCUAGAGACUCAUUCAUCACCCAAUUACUUGGGGCGAGUAUUUGUCGCGCCCAAGACGGGUACCGAGUAUAACGUGACCCAUCAGAUAGGUCGGGGAAACUUUUCUACGGUUGUCAGUGCAGUUCUGGGAUUAGGUAGAAUGGUGGCUGUGAAAAUUAUUCGAAUCCCUCCAAUUCGCGACAAGAUCACAAACUUUAAAUCAUUUCUUGUCAGAGAGCUUAAUGUGCUUUCUCAUUUGAACCAUCCGUGUAUUGUUCAAUUGGUAGAUUUUUCUACCAGCCUCAGCAUUGACCCUCAAGAUUUGGUGGACACGGCCAUUUUUAAAGCCGAUCUGCAGGUGGACCUCACUACGACAAAUCAACAAAUGAAUCAAGCAGACUUUGACGCUAUUGACAAGUGUCGGGACCAGCUUAUUUUCUUGAACUAUUGUCAAGGUGGGAACUUAUAUCAAUUUAUAAUCGCCCACCCACCACCUUUAGCUCUGCCCGAUGCUGAUGUAUAUUGGAGAAUUCUUCAGCGAAUUGCGCAUGAACUUAUGGCUGCCGUAAGCUACAUGCAUUCUCACAAUAUCGUUCACCGCGACAUCAAGCUCGAGAACGUCUUGCUUAAUUAUGAGAUCGGCGACAUGAUCCACUUAGCAACGAGUUCUCAUGGAUUUGGUACAACUGCCUUAAUAAACCUUACAGAUUUUGGGUUAUCCAAACGGUUGGGUUCUUCUAAUGAAUUGCUUCAGACGCGAUGUGGACUGACUGACUACGUACCACCUGAAGUUUUGAUGGGAUUGAAGUAUGACGGCCGCUUAACCGACCUGUGGUCUGUUGGUGUGGUUCUAUACUCUUUACUAGAACGCCGUUUGCCGUUUGAUGCGCCGCCCACGGAAGCGUUAGCGAAGGCUGGCGUGUCUCCAUCAGUUAUUCGUCGACGUCAAGCCAAAAAUAACCCUAGUCAUCGCAUUGCUAUGAUUGAUUGGCAUUGGAAUCAUGUUACAGAUAUGGUUGAGGAUGAGCAGUUGUCCAAUGAGGUUCGUCGCAUCAUUGAGAGUUUGCAGAAAGCGGUGAACGUGUUAUUGGUCAGGAAAGAAAAGCGGUGUCACGUAUCUCAAUUAGUUGACUUUUCAGUUAUUCCGCAGGGGUUUAUGAACUAG